CAUUCAUCCGCGUUUAUAUUGGCGUCGCAUCGUAUAAGUCGAACUUGGCCCAGUUAUUCACGGAACAUCCCUUGUUUACCGCCCACUCCAUUUUUUCUUAAUUGUAUAUAUUGGUAUGUCUGAUAUCUCCCAAAUCUUCCACAGUUCUCACCUCCUGAGUCAAUGGCAGUAUCAAGUUGUCAACCAUGAACCAAGUUCGCAACAUCGCCAUAAAAUUUAUGGAUUUCCCUGCCGAAAUACUGUUGACCAUCCUUGGUCAUCUGGACGUAUACGAACUGGUCCGAGCACGCAAAAUAUGUAACGACAUUCGACAACUCGUCGACUCUUCCUCGGAGCUGCAAUACUUGAUUGAUGUUCGUUACUUCAAUGCCAUUCCCGCCUCGUUGCCAGGCUGCAACAUCGCCGUUGCGACACGUCGCCAAUUGCUUCAAAAAAGCGAAACUGCAUGGCAAAAAGCCGAAUACUCUGAAAGAAAUUCCAUCCCAAUGUCUUACUCUCCCGACGACUACCGUUGGUCGUGCGGUAUUCUUGGAAUCCCAGUUAAGUCUCUCGAACAGAUAAAGUUUGUCCAACCUACACUGUCAGAUAGCGACACCCACACCACGAAUUUGCGACAACGCAGCUGCAAAAUUGACAGCACAGCAUUCGAGGGUUAUAGUUUUUCGCCCGCACAGGAUCUUGUUGCUAUCCUUUCCAGAGCAGCCCGUGGAGAGAGUCAUGCAUACGAUGUCACUUUCAGAUCACUUUCUGAGGAUAAAAUUCAUCCUGACGCUGCAUCCCCCCUCGUGAAAGCACUGGACAAUCAAAUUGAUCCAGAGCUCUUCAAUUCCCCCUACACGCAAACUAUGAUCUUCGGAGACUAUUAUGGCUUGUUCUGCAAAUAUGCUCACAAAGCGGAUGGUGGGCUGGUUGAUUUUUUGCAAAUUUGGAAUUGGAAAUCCAAGGAUACUUUUCAGUGCCUCGAAAUUUUUGACGUGGAUUGCGGAACGAUAAACUUCAGUUUUCUAACGAACGAUAGGUUUCUUGUCGCCAGUGCGAAGGAACUAAUGUUGUUCUCCCUUAACAUUGUUGAUUCGGUCAAUACGAUCCGGCUCAUUGCCAAAUUCUCCUUCCCCGCAUUGCGGGACCCCUUUGUCUUUCACUACAUCGCCUUCAAUCCUAUCCCAUUCCACGCCAGCACUCAUAACCAGCUCAUCGCUAUCAACAUGUGCGUGUCGACGCCCACGAACACCGAAUCCCCUUAUUUCACUUUCUAUAUUGAGCGGAACACUAUCUUGAAGCUCGAAUCUACCUACAUCAGCCGAUAUGGAGAAGCAAGCCGGGAUUCUCCUAAUCUGCCUUGGUCCGCCUGGGGCUCAAAGUACACCCAAUUCUUCGAGAACUCCCACAGCUCCUGCGUACACCGCAUCUUUGGAUUCCGUACUGCGGAUUUGAUCGGCGACCUCAUCUCUCGUGAAAGGGAGCUACAGCCACGACAAUUACGCAUCCGCGACUUUAACCCACAUAGGGUGAUGGACUUCAAGGCUGGAAACACAACUGAAUUGCAUCAACGACUUGUCGAAGGCGAGACACCAAAUUCGGCCCUUUUCUUGGAACCAUUAGGACCCGGCCUCCCAUAUCUCGAGACGAUUUCUCAGGAAAAGUUCCUUGCGAGUGAUAUGACCAUGGAAGCAAAUAGGAUAAUGUUGUUGUCCCUCAAAGUCGAAGAUUCGCAUAAUGUUUCACAGAGCAUCGACAUACUUGAUUUCGAGUAAUUAUUUACCACACCGAAGUUUUUCAAUGUACUUCAGUAUUUCAAUACAUUUGAUUGAUCCAUACUUAA